UUGCAAGCCAACACCUCUCAGAUCAAGCAGCAUCCUUGUAUUCUGUGGAGACUAUACGAUAAACGCUUACAUGUCAGAUUAGGUUUACGCACCACUCCGGAGAUCCUUCGUUGGCAACUUGGCGGUGGUAGCUACCCACCGUUGUUCACUUGCUGGCCGUCUUCGAGCUAACAUGGACCUGAGCCCAUCUCAGCCUCUGCCAGAGUCCGCCUCGAAUGAUGACGAGCUACGGUCGUACUUCGACAACAUCACAAAGUCAUGCGACGUCUUCCGAAUCUUGCUAGUCGGCAAGGCGGGGUCUGGGAAGUCUACUCUCGUGUCUGAGGUUUUCGACUUUGAUCUGGAUAAGGCUCGCGUGCAGGAUUUUUCUUCUGCGGAACACGACAUCAAGGAAGAGAUCACCCCACCGACCAAGUCAUUGUGUUUGCACGACAGCAAAGGACUCGAGAGCGGUUCCCCAGAGAAUCUCAAUAUUAUCACCGACUUCAUCAAGGAUCGCGAAGGCCGCCCAUUUGCAGAACAGCUACAUGCUAUCUGGUACUGCAUUGAGAUACCCAUCGCGGGCCAGCGGCCCUUCGAAGGGGGCGACAUCGCCUUGCUUGACUCUCUGAAAAGGUCCGGAAACAAAGUUCCCGUGAUAGUCGUGUUCACGAAAAUCGACCGGCUAGAAUUUCGAGAGCAGAAGCGGCUCAAGAGCGAACACAUCCAGUCUGGAAUGGACAAAGCAAGCGCAACGGCGAAGGCAAAGCAAGAUUGCAUUGCGGCGGGCGUGAAAGAAUACGAGAAGUCAUGCGUCGGCGUGCUCAAGUCUGAUUUGGUUCCUAAUGCUUGGACGCAUUACUGUGCGGUGUCAUACAAACAUCCAGAAUCAAUUAUCUCGCUCAUUCAGCUUACGACGUCAACUCUCUCGGAUUCAGAGGCUCUGAACGUCAUGUGGGCAUCUGCACAAAUGGCGGACGUGAAUCUCAAGGUUGAAACAUCACUUCUCGCCGGAAAGAACAUGUACUGGCAAGGUCUCGGAGCUGCCUUGAUACCGGUACGCGGUAUACGGAGGGUAACCCUCCUUCAUAUUCUGGGACGGAUUCACCGCGACAUCGUCCGCGUAUGGAAUAUAUACGAUCCCGACGAGAUCCUCGUCGGUGCCAACAUGCGAGCCAUGCUUCGCAAACUCUUUAUCGAGCCGAUUAUGGUUCCCACUCUCGAGGGCGACUCGCAUCACGAUGCCGAGGGAUCGAAGAUCAUUGAAAACCUCGCAUCUGCUGUCAUGAAUCCGGCCUCCAUGGCCGUACCCGCAGCCACUGAGGCAAUAAAGCUCCUGGAGAGUGUUGCCGUUGGCACUCCCGCAACCGCUCGUGUGCUCAUGGCGUACGUUGCUGACCUGACGCUGGGGCUCGAGAGCCUGUACUGGACGGUUCGACCUCGCGUAGACAAGGCAAUUUCUCGUGAAGACGUGACCCGUGCGUUCACGACCUAUCGCGCAUCUUCGCAGCGGAAGCAGGUGCAUAUGCUCAUCAGAGAUUACAUCGGAGACGAGAACGUGAUACGGUCCUUCAGCCGCGAAAAAGCAAUGACAAGGGUGUCGACGAUCAUUGCCAAGUCGCGCUUCGAUCCUGCUACCGUCUUCAGAAGCUUUUCCCUAUGAGCUUUGCUUGCACACGUCCUCCUAAUACUCCGAACCCGUUGACCCAUGUAUAGUUUGCUUCUAUCCAUCUCUCUGUGAUCUCGUUUGUUAUUGCAUGUACCGUCGAAGAUGUAAAGUAUCCAAACGGCCGUU